UGGAUCGAGCCAGAUUAAAACUCCAAUAUUCUAUGCCUAAAUAAUUCUACAAAAGUCAACUAUGGGACACAACUACCAAAAAUUAGAAAUUUCUGGCGGGUUCCAAUUAUCCACGACACACUGCUUAAAUAAAUACACAGCCACAACCAUUUCUCACACCCCAAAAAACUAAAAUUAAAUUCCACGCGCUAAAGUUCCGACGAUGCUGGAGCUGCUGUUCACGGCUGCGUUCGCGGCGGCGCCGCUCAUUCUGUACAUACCGCCGAUCCGCAGCCUCAAUCUCUUCGUCGAGGCAAUGGAGCUUCUCCUCCUCGACGCCGUCUCCUACGUCUUCAGCAUCUUCCCCCGCCUUCCCCUCGCCGCCGCCUCCAGACCCUAGAUUCUGAUCGUCCUGUACAACGGAGAGGAUGCAUGCAUGGGAUAAAGGUGAUAUAGUCCGUAGACGAACAUGUGAAAUAAACUCGUGAAUCCUCUCUUCUUACAAUUCUGUAUACAUAAAAUUUAUUUAUAUAGUCCAAAAACCAAAUUCCAUACUUGCAAUUUGCAAUUAUUAAUUACAUAUAUCAAUAUUCUUA